UGCAUGUCGUUUUGUAGCAGACGUGUAAACAGGAACGGAUAUUGAUUGGUCAAGAACUGUGAUUUUGAAUCGAAUAUAAUCCUGCAACCCACUUCAUCCAGACCUUGAAUUCUAGCUGUUAUUUGAAAGAAUAUCAAGUGGAGUGCACAGCUUGACAUAUGGAGGACAGGGAAAAUGGCAACCACAAGCAAGCAAUUGCAGAAAAGAAUGAAAAUGUGAGAUAUAAGGUGAGCCCAAAGUCAACACCAAAGAGUAGUAGGAAGAGGAAACAGCGGUUCUGUAGUCCUAAGGUGUCACCAGCUAUAAGUAUACAGGAUGGUGUUGGACUCAAUUCUGAAGGAUCAACUACUGAAUCUGAAGGUAUCCAGAGUCCCAUACACAAACAAAGAAGACUGAGAAAGAACCCAGCCCAGGAUAGCCCAAGGAAUGCCACACACAACGAAAAUGGUAGAAACUUGAGAGGAAUUGGUGAUGAAGUACAACCUCUGAUCAAAGACAACAAGGACAACAGGAGUUGUGAGAGAGGAAACAGUGACACAACCUCACACAAGACUGUUGAUCUUACUACAAAUAUAAAGUCACCAAUAUCACAGAGCAAUGGUCACCACAAGUUGAACAGGUCUCUUGAAAAGGAAUCUGUAGGUCAAAAAACCACAUUGGAGGAACCAGAUGUAUAUAUGCACCACAAAGACCAAAGUUCAAAAUCUGAACAGCAGUGGGAUCGGACAUUUAUUCCCAGUCAGGUGUCUCGGUCAAGUAAUGAGGACAUAUUGGCUACACAAAAAGCUGCCGAGGUGAUGGCAAGAAUGAACUGUCUGGAAAAUGAUGAAGACAUCCUUGAUGUAGAAAAAGAAAACACAAAUGAAGGUAGCACUCCAAACGAAUCCUCUCAGACCUUGACAAAAAUUUCAUCCAAUGGAAUUCAGAAAUAUUCAUCAUCAUCCCAAUGUCAUGAUCCUCAAGGAAAUUCCUACACAAAUUAUCAGCCGACAGAUGUAAUGUCUGACCAACCAACAGAAAUCACUGCCAGUCAAAGGGUGGAGUCUUUGAAGAAGACCACAAAAUGUGAUGUGCCCAAAAAUGUUGAUUUGCAAAAGAAAGGAGAUGGAGCAGAUAUGAACUCUGAACCAAAAGGAACUAUCCUCUCUAGUCUACUGGAAGGUCGUGACCAGGAAUCCUUGAUAGCUGCUGAACUCCUCACUCGACUUGACCGUGAUAUACAUCUGUCUGAAAUACAGCCGACAAUUUGUCUCGACCAACCUAGCUACCCUAACUAUAGUAACAUGGCUUAUGGGACCUCAAGUCCAGCACAAGGCAUCAAUGUGGCUAAUUACUUGGAGCACAAACCAAAAAAGCAGGGUAGUUCUGGUACAGGAACUGUUCACCAUAAUACUGGUGUACAGGUCGACUUGGAACAUCGUCCUACUGGUCAUCCAGUCAGCUGCACAUUCGAAUCCCAAUCUGGGUUGAGUGUUAGUGAAAAUGGAGGUGAAUCAAUUCCCUCUGCUAGUAAUUCUUUGUCAACACCAGCCACAAGGCAAACAGCAUCACAGAUUUUGUACCACAACAGAACAGGACAGGAGCAACUGGGACAGGAGUGUCAGAGAAGCCACAGCUUCCAUGGAACAGUAGACAAUGUAUGUAGAGACCAGAACCAAAUGCCAAGACCUAGUGACCCAGGAGCCCUAGGGUGGGAGCAGGGUCAGAUCAAUGUCCCAACUCCCCAACACAGGAACAUGGGGAUUCCAGGAUGGGACCAGAGACAGCAGUCAUAUCAUCAACUAGUUGACACAGCCAAUCAAAAGGAUCCUAUGUCUUUUACUGGUGCCCUCAAAGCUGGGGUCCAGCAUGAUAUGGCCAGUGAACAACUGGCAGGUGAACAGAUUAACAAUGGGUACAGAUAUGGCCCAAUGAUUCCAGGGAACUCCCCUUACACUCAUCACUCUAAUAUUGGAAAAAAUAAGCAGUCGGAAGCUUUGUAUGAGCGGAGAGACCAUCAUGAUGCUAUAAUCCCUGUAGAGCAAGGCAUGCCCUUUGGCCCAAUGGUAGAGGAUUCACAUUAUAAUGGACUCCCAACUUUCCAGUCAGGAAAUUAUUUGAAUCUUUCCCAAGAGACUAUAGACAAUAUGAUACAGAACAAUCAAGGCUCAUCCUAUGUUGGGAGUCCUUCUAUACAAAGUCAACCCCUCCCUACUAAUAUUUCAACCCCAGACCCAACUGUCCAAGGAUUUGGAGACUUUGUUAGCUAUCCCCGUUCAUCGCAGUCCUCUGAAGACCAGUAUUUCCAGCCAAUACGAUCGAAGAGUCAAGGACCUGAUGAAAUGUUGCCACACAUGGCUAAGCGACGAAGGAGGUCAAAUUCUGCCAAGACUGUCAACAAUGAUAAAAGCCCUGCAUUUAUAGAUGUCAUGAAUAAUUACAUGGUGAAGAAAAAACCAUAUGAACAUGCUCUACAUCCACUACAAACAAAGGACAAUGAUUCAGAUCGUUUCUUCUUGAUCCUGUCGCCCGAGGUAAAUUCAGAUGAAGUACGUGAUAUUGGACAUAAAGGUCUUAUAGCUAAAUACAUUGACUACCUUAUUGUUGAAAACGAACAGAUCACAGAGAUGUCUAAAGCUGUGUCUAUCCCAAUAGAGCACUGUGUUAUGGACGAUCCUUAUUUGAUGGACAUCAUUCGGGUGAAGAUUCCGUUCCCAACACUGAAGUACUACCAAUGGCUGCGUACCUACUAUCCGACCAUUCAGAUUGACUGGCUGGCCCUGAACCAGCAGAUGCUGCAGUUUCAACCUGUUGGAGACUGCCGGCCCCAUCAUUACAUCCUGGACAAGCGACCCCCACCUGUCCUCCUUGGGGAAUCAUUCUACUUUUUCCAGCGUGAGAGAGACAGACUGCUUUCUUGUUGAAUCAGUGAGUUUUAAAACUCGAGUUUUCUAUUAAGUAGAUUUAGUGUAUGAUGCGGAGACAAGGGUAUAUCAGUAGAUAUGAAACGUUCAUGUCUCCUCCCAGAAAUUUAAGGAUUCUGCAUAUGCAAUAUCCUGCUCACAGCUGCAUGCUUUCAAAAUAAUUCUUGUACUUGACAUCAUUUCUUACAAGCAUGCAUACUUUUUGGUUUAAUUCAAACUCAUUUGUUUCAAUUUAGUUUACAAAUUUAUUUAUUGCAAAAAGAAAAAAGAAAAAAGUACUACAUGAAAGAUUGAAGAAUUGUCCAUGUGACAAUUUCUCAUCAUUGUUACUGUAUUAUUGUGGAUUUUUUAACUUUUGAAUAUACAAAUAACAACAUUUAAAUGAUAUUAAUGAUAUUGAAAUAGAAUGAAAUCCUUUCAUAUCAUUCGCUCAAUAAUAAAGUUGACAUCUAUCAACUCGUCCAACAGCUAUAUAUACAUUUACAUAUAUAACAUACGUAAAGUUGGUUUUAUGGCAGCUAAAAGUUCUAGAAAAUCUCGUGCAAUUUUCAAGUACAUUUUUAAAAUUUUUAUUUUAAGUUUGUCAUAUCAAACCUCUUAAUCCAACUUGCCUAUCUGUUUAUGUAUUUUUUUAUGUGGAUAAUGAAAAGAUUUUUACCCAAUUAAUUUUUUUGUUAUAUGUUAAAGACAAAUUUGAAUAAUAUAGCGCAUUCUUGGAUGAAUGCAGAUUUUCAUUCAAAAGUAUUUACAAUGUACUUUGAGUUUGUCUCAAAAUCUUAAUAUUUUAUGUAUAUAAACAUUAAAUCUUUAUUGUUGUUGAAAUUCAUAACGCAGUCUUUUUUGUCACCUUUAAAAAAAAGUCAAAAAGUAAAAGCAAUGAGGCCUACUGUCUUGGAAUUUGGUAUAAUUGAUUGAGUAGUAUUAUUUACUGUGUUUACUUUCAUUUCAUUGUGUUAGAAUGUUUAAUGACAGGUGAGUGAUCCUAGAAACAUCUGUAAUUUAUCUCUUUAAUAACAAUUUACUUUGUUAUACCUGAUUAAUUAUAUCAAGUAACUUGUGAAAGUUUAUAUGCAUUUGUCAUCAAUUAAAGUUACAGUAAUUAACUUAAGAAAUCAAACUCUCUUUUCUGUUUCACAACUUAAUUAAGUACAAGUAUAUGAUAAUGAGGACGGGGAUAUAUAAAGUAUACAUGAUGUCUGUCAGUUCAUACCUCUGUCCAUAUCCUGUAAUAUAUCUCUCUUCUGUUUGUAUGUAUAUGUAUGCUCACUUAAAAUCAGUGUUGUCGCUCCAGUUACAUCUAGAUUCAGCUUUUUAACAGAUUUUGAUUACAAUUCAGAUAUUGGCCAAGUAUG